AGCGGCCAAACCUUGUCCUCCCUCGAGACGUCCGUAAUGCUCUCCCUCUGCACGGGCGCCUUCGCCUGGUCCGGCGACGGGCUGAUCGGCGGGUUCAACGCGUGGAAGGCCGCGCACGGCAAGUCGUACGGCUCGACCGACGCCGAGGCGUCUGCGCUUGCCGCGUGGUCGUCUAACGACGCCAUCAUCCGCUCGCACAACGCCAAGAACCUGUCGUGGACGCUGGGGCACAACGAGUGGUCCGACAUGACCUGGGAGCAGUUCUCGACCACCGUCAUGUCGGAGCUCUUCCUCAACCGCAACCCGAAGAAUGCGCGCCGCGUGCACCUCAAGGACACGGAGCACGCGCUCGCGCUGCCAAAGGCGGUGGACUGGGUCAAGCAGGGCGCGGUCACGCCGGUCAAGAACCAGCGUCACUGCGGCUCCUGCUGGGCCUUCUCCACGACUGGCGCGGUCGAGGGCGGCCUCGCGAUCGCCACCGGCAAGCUGGUCUCGCUCUCUGAGGAGGAGCUCGAGCUCGUGCAGUGCGACACGAACGGCGACCACGGCUGCAAGGGCGGCCUGAUGGACAACGCGUUCGAGUGGAUCGCGGAGGGCAACCCGCUGUGCACCGAGUCGACGUACCCCUACACCUCGGGCGCCGGCCUCACCGGCACCUGCAAGAAGGCGUGCAACGGGGAGGUGUCGCUCACGUCGCACAAGGACGUUCCCUCGGGCGACGAAGACGCCCUCCGCGCCGCCGUCGCAAAGCAGCCCGUCUCUGUGGCGAUUGAGGCGGACAAGAGCGCGUUCCAGCUGUACCAGUCGGGCGUCAUCGACUCGGCGAGCUGCGGCAAGGAGCUCGACCACGGGGUGCUCGUCGUCGGCUACGGCACCGACACGGCGACCGGCAAGGACUACUGGAAGAUCAAGAACAGCUGGGGCGGCACGUGGGGGGAGGAGGGCUUUGUGCGCGUCGUGCAAGGGAAGAACAUGUGCGGCAUCUCGUCGCAGGCCUCGUACCCCAAGGGGGUGCACAUGGCGGCGCCGACGCCGCCGACGCCGCCCGGCCCUCCGCCAAAGACGACGACGCACUACGGCGACCCAAAGGCGGGAUGCCUCUCCGACGAGAUCGAGGUGCAGGUGCAGGGCCUCGGAGGCGACUUUUGCUCGUCCGCGUGCUCCCUCUUCAAGCCGUGUCCGACCGACGUGCCGAGCUCGGUGACGGCCAAGCCGAUGUGCGCGCUCAAGGAGGCGGGCACCCUCAAGGAGUACUGCGCGCUCGUCUGCGCGCCCGCGGAGGACGUCGUCGACGGCCAGAUCCGCGACCAAAAGAAGGCGGACGGAGCGUGCGGCGCGUCGGCCUCGUGCAAGAUGGCGGGCGCGGGCGUCGGGAUUUGCACCUACGACGACUGAGCCGCCCCCCCCCUCCCCCUCCCCAGAGCAAGCGGCGGGGAGGGCGGCGCGCGCCUUGUCGCGCGCGCCUCGCUCCCGCCCCCGCCGAGCGGCAUGAGGUGCGUGUACGUGCACACAGCGGUGUACCAGCACGCAGCAGUUGGAGCGAGCGACGUGUCUGUGCUCCGCGCUGUGGACCCCGAGCUGUGUUGUAUAUAUUGUUCUUUGUUAUUUCAAAAUGUAUUAUGUAUUCGUGUUCCA